UAGUAGAACAAAUUAACUUAAAUAGUUCAAUUCAGUUUUUUAGAAUUUUAUACAAAAAAUAGUUUUUAAAAUUAUCAAAAAAUAAUAUCAAUUGUUUUCAAAAUUAAUUUUAAACAUGUAAGGAAGGGCUAAGUUCGGGUGUAACCGAACAUUUUAUACUCUAGCAAUUUAUUUAUUUAACUUUAUUUAUAUUAUAUAAUACACAAUUUGACCCACAUAUUCGUCAUAUAUAUUGUAUAAAGCCUAUUAAAAGUUGGAAACCCUAAUAUUAUAUUAGAAGCACCGAGGUCCUCAUGUUCGAUAUAUGGGGUCUUGAAAACCUAUGGUCCGAUUUCGGUGAUUUUUAGAAAGGGGCUGCCACAAUAUAAAUGCAGAAUUUAUGCAAAGUUCUGCACCGAUAUCUUCACUAGUGCUUACUUUACAUAUGUAUAUAUUGUAAUGUAAACGAUUCAGAUGGACUUCAAAGUUCUGGUAUAUAGGAAGUAGGCGUGGUUGUGAAGCGAUUUUGCUUAUUUUCACAACAUAUCAUUGGAAUGUAAGGAAACUAUUACAAACCAAGUUUCAUUGAAAUCGGUCGAGUAUUUACUGAGAUAUGGUUUUUGAUCCAUAAGUGGGCGACGCCACGCUCAUUUUCCAUUUUGUAAAAAAAGCUGAGUGUAGAUUCAAUCUGCCAUUUGUUAUGUGAAAUUUAGUGUUUCUAACGUUUUUCGUUAGUGAGUUAACCCACUUUUAGUAAUUUUCAACCUAACCUUUGUAUGGGAGGUGGGCGUGGUUAUUACCCGAUUUCUUUUAUUUUUGGACUGUAUUAAGAAGUGGCUAAAAAACACGACUGCAGAAAGUUUGGUUUAUAUAGCUCUCUUGGUUACGAGGUAUGUACAAAAAAUCUAUUUGGGCGCGGGGCCAUGCCCACCUCCCCAAAAAAAUUACAUCCAAAUAUGCCCCUUCAUAGUGCGAUCCUUCAUAUCAAAUUUUAUUUCCACAGCUCUAUUUAUGACUUAGUUAUGACACUUUAUGUGCUUUCGGUUUUCGCCAUUUUGUGGGCGUGUCAGUGGUCCAAUUUUGCUCAUUUUCGAAAGCAACCUUCCUAUGGUACCAAGGAAUACGUGUGCCAAGUUUCAUCAAGAUAUCUUAAUUUUUACUCAAGUUACAGCUUGCACAGACGGACGGACGGACAGACAGACAGACAUUCGGAUUUGAACUCCACUCUUCACCCUGAUCACUUUGGUAACCCUAUAUCUAACUCGUUUAGUUUUGGGUGUUACAAACAACCGUUAUGUGAACAAAACUAUAAUACUCUCUAGCAACUUUGUUGCGAGAAUAUAAAGAUAUUGAAAAGUGAUUAAAUGCUUAAAAACUAAUUGAAAAAGUAAUACAGUAGAAUCCGUUUAUUAUGACUCCGCCUAUAUUGACCAACUGGUUACUAUGACGUAAUUACCCUACGAAGUUUGGUUUUCAUAUAAAAUUCUGUAUAAAAAAGUCGGAUAUAAUGACUUCGCUUACAGUGACAUGUCGCUUAUUAUGACCCAUUUUUAAUAAAUUAUGUCCGGUUAGAAUGACUGACAUGAUUAUUUACACCUCCCGCAAUGUUCGUUGAUUCCCGACGCCGUUCGGCACCUGGCUCGUUUUUGUUUUGAGUCUCAGUGAGUAAUUGACACUUGAACGUCACGCAUUCUUGUUUGUUUGUUACUGUGAAAAAAUGUCAUCACAACGACGUAAAGCAUUUACAAUUGAGGAGAAGGGUGCAAUAAUAUGCAGAUUAGAAAAUGGAGAAUCUAACGCAUGUCUCGCAAAGGAAUUUGGCGUGGGUCAUUCGACAAUCUCAAUGAUUUUUAAAAACAAGAACCGCAUUAAGCAAUCGUUCAAUUCAAAUUUUUUGAAACCGAAGAGGCUUCGAAAAUCACGACAAGAAAAUGUUGAUGAAGCAUUAAUUCAGUGGUUUAAAAACAUGAGAAACAAAGGAAUACCUGUCAGCGGCCCUAUGCUACAGGAAAAGGCAAAUGGUUUUGCCGCACGUUUUGGUAUUCUCGACUUCAAUUGUUCUGCAAGCUGGAUUAGUCGUUUUAAAGUUCGACAUAACAUUGUGGCGGGAAAAAUUGUCGGUGAAUCUUCGUCUGUUGAUCAAAAUUCAACAACAAACUGGUUGAUAUCUGUGUGGCCGAAUUUACGAAGACAAUUUUCUGAUGAUGAGAUAUUUAAUGCUGAUGAAACCGGAAUUUUUUACAAAUUAAUGCCGGAUAAAACUUUAAAAUUUAAAGGUGAAAAUUGUAGUGGAGGUAAGUUGUCGAAAGAUAGAAUAACUGUCAUGGUAGCAGCUAAUAUGAGUGGCACAGAGAAAAAAAAAUUGCUCAUUAUUGGAAAGUCACAAAAACCAAGAUGUUUUAGAAGUGUCAAAUCAUUACCUGUCGAUUAUGCUAACAAUCGUAAAGCUUGGAUGACGUCAGAACUUUUUGAAAAAUGGCUUCGUGAUUGGAAUCGUGAUUUGGUGAAGAAGAAGAAAAAAAUUCUAUUGCUGGUUGAUAAUUGCCCGGCGCAUCCAAAUGUUACUGAUUUAAAGUCUAUAACACUUGCUUUCCUUCCGCCGAAUACAACAUCAGUACUGCAGCCAAUGGAUCAGAGAAUAAUACGAUUACUCAAAACGAAUUUUAGGAAGAACCUAGUGCUCAAAAUGAUUAGCUGUCUUGAUGCUAAUGAAAACAACUCUUCUACAAAAAUAACGGUGCUAGAUGCAAUUCGGAUGGUUAAUGAUGCCUGGAAUAAAAUGUCACAAAGUACCAUUCGUAACUGUUUCAAACAUGCAGGAUUCAUUGAAAGCCACGACGGUUUACCUAUUCAAAUAUCAGAACAUGAAUUCGAUGAAGAAGAUGACAUUCCUUUAUCUUUGUGGUCACGAAACCUAAAUUCAGAUUCUUUAGCAGCACCGGAAAUGUGGGAAGAUUAUGUUGACGUCGAUAGCGCUCUCCUCACAUCCGAAGAACCCAACGAUGAAAAUAUCGUACAGAACAUUAGUGCUAAGAAACAACUCGAAAGUGAUGGGGAAGAAGAAGUCGAGGAAGAACCAUUACCUACCGCAGAAGAGGCAUUAAAAGCUGCAGAAUUAUUAUCACGAUUUGUUCACAGCAAUAUUGAAAAUGAUAAUUUGACCAUAGCUAUGUCUUCUAUACACAAUAGCAUUAGAGACUGUUUUUACAAUAAAAUGAAAAAACAAAAGCAGACAAAAAUUACAGAUUACUUACAGUAAAAUAUACACUUGUAUGUGUUAUAAUGUGCUGAUUACGUACAAUUUUGAUUUCGAUUUUAUAUGUAUGUAUACAUAUUUAAUUACUAUGUUUCUGUAUUAAAGUACUUAAGUACAUACAUAUUUACAUAAAAAAGUUUUUCAUUUCACAAAACGCUUUGUAUGACGUCCGCUUAUUAUGACGUGUUUGUCAAUUCCUUUCGAUGUCAUAAUAACCGGAUUCUACUGUAUACACAAUUAUACUCUUCAAAAUAAAUAAAAUAAAUAUGAAAUUAGCUAAAUGAUGUAAAAUAAGUUAAAUUAAUUCUCAAAAAUUAAAAAGUC